UUGUUUUCAUCUUGCUUGCCCAAAUCUGUGUAUUUCUCCAAAGGUAAAGCUCUCUCUCUCUCUCAUCAAUGGCGAAAUCAGCGGCGACGGCGGCUUCCUCGCUUGUGCAAAACCUUAGACGAUUCAUCAAGAAGCCAUGGCAGAUCACCGGGCCUUGCGCUCACCCGGAAUACCUCGAAGCUGUUCCCAAGGCCACCGAGUAUCGUCUCCGAUGCCCCGCAACGACUGAUGGAGAGGCCAUCGUGCCGACAUCGGAUCCCGAAACCGUAUACAACAUCGUAUACCACGGCCGAGAUCAGCGCCGAAACCGUCCACAGAUCCGGCGAUACCUAUUGAAGAAGGACAACGUGGUUCAGAUGAUGAACGAGAAGAAGACGUUCGACGUCUCCGACUUCCCUAAGGUUUACCUGACUACCACAGUCGAAGAGGAUUUAAACACGCGUGGUGGAGGCUACGUUAAAUAAAACAGGGUUGUUUCAUC